AUGAUGAACUACGGUGGCCACCCAUUCCACCCUCAACAGCCGCAGCAGCCUCAACAGCAGCAACAUCAAGGUGUCCAACCCCAGCAUCCGUUGGGUCCACAGCCUCAACGUCAGCAUGCCCAGUCACCUUUGCUAGGUGCGGGGCCGCCGCUGCCACAGCAUGGCAGUCCAUUCCCGGGUAACAAGCCGAUUUUUCGGGGCCAACCUCAGCAGAACUUCGCUGCGUCGCAAUCUCCUGAUAUGCGCAAGAUGACCCCGACAUCGGGAUCAUUAGGUGGGUACCCAACCAGCAGCAGUUUCGGCCAGUUUCCGGGCCAGUUUGCAGCGCAGAGCUCCCCAGAUCUGAUGUCUCGUGGCCCAGACCCCAUGGGGCUACAGAAUCUCCAGCGUGGGUUUAAUCCAAUGGCGCACCUUAGGCCGCAGCCGGGCACAGCCGGUCUUGCCCAUGGACAUCCUAUGAGUGUUGCUUCGCCACAGCAGGGGAUGAACAGACUACCUCAUGCAGGCAUGCAACAAAGGGAUGGUCAUACAUCGGCCAGUCCUUCUAUGGCUAGUCCGUCUAUGUUCACUAUGAAUCAACAGCGACAGGCCCAGCCGCAGUCACAACCGCAAUCGCCCCAGCAGACGCACCAACAGUUGCAACAGCAGAUUCAACAGCAGCAGUUCCAGCAGCAACGACUUGAGCAGCAGCAAAGGAUGGAACAGCAAAAGCAAAUCCAGCAGCAACGCUUAGAACAGCAGCAGAGGCUUGAGCAACAGAAGGAAUUGGAACAGCAAAAGCUGGAUGAGCAGAAGAUACUGGAACAGCAGCAGCAGCAGCAGCAGCAGCAACGCCUAGAGCAACAGAGGCUCGAGCAUCAGAAACAGCAUCAGCAACGGGUGGAGCAGCAGCGACUUGAGCACCAGCAGAAGCAGCAAUUGGAGCAGCAGAGGUUGCAGAAAUUACAGCACCAGACUCAGGCGCACAACCCAUACCAACAACAGUCACCAUUUUCCCAGCACACCCAGCCUCCGUUCCACCAAACUCAAUAUCAACAGCAUCAAGCCCAAUCGCAACAUCAGUAUGCCCCACACCAGACGCAGUUCUCCCAGCAGCAGACACAAUUCCAGCCAUCUCCGCACCAAGCUCAAUUCCAGCAUUAUCAGGGACCGCAUUCGGCUGCUGUGCCUUCAUCACAGCCAGCUGCGCCGGUUGUCCCUUCCGUCACGGACAGCCCGGUUAUGAAGGCUGACGACUCAAGUCCUGUACCGAAGAAGAAAGCGAAACCUAAGAAGACUGCUCCGGCUCAAGCCCAACCUGUUCAGACUCAGGGCCAGCCUCAUGCCCAACCUCAACUAAGUGCCCCCACGGCCAUUCCUAGCGCUAACCCCACACAGCCCAACGGACAAGGGCAGAUGCCCACCGUGGCUGCAGUUGGGGGUGACCAGAUUGCCACUCCGCCUGCGAAGCGUCGUCGGGGACGGCCGAGGAAGGAGGAAGUCGCAGCCAGGCUUGCUGCGCAGGCCGCACAGGCCGCCCAAAACGGCGAGUCGGUUCCAGGAGUACCUCAACCAGGACAGGCUUCGUUCACUGCCAACAUGACGCCGACUGCUCCAGGCUCUACCAACAUCACAACCAAGGGGACGCCAAUUCUAGGACCUGACGGAACUCCUUUGAAGCGAAAACGUGGACGUCCUCGUAAGGCUGAUCAAAUUGCGUGGGCAGCCGCAACGGGUCAACCUUUACCACCGCCUAAACCAAGGAAGCCAGCUUCGGCCAAACCAAAGGCGCCUGGCACGGGCCGACCACGUGGGAGACCUCGCAAGGCUGAUGUGGCCGCUGCAGCUGCGGCUGCCGCCGCUGCUGCGGCCAGUGGAGAUCAGACACAGGCAGACGUCAACCCUCAACUGGGUGAGGGCACAGAUACAACGACAGCGUUGAACCGUACAACCUCUUCGAUCGAUGAAGAGGCGCACAAAAGACCUGGUCCGACACCCCCGCAGAUGAUUCAAGGCCAGUCACUGCCGCAGCAGCAGAACCUCCACAUGUUCCAACAGAAUCAAGCUUCACAGGCGCAGGCCAAUCAACAUAUUGGGCAGUCGCAAGUCCAGCACAUGCACCAGCAGCCGAACCAACAUAUGUCCUCCCAACCUGGUUCCCACUUGCCGCAUAGCCAAUCUCUGGCCCAGCAGCCUGGCCAACCGCUCUCUAUGCCACACAUGCAAAUGCAUCACCAUUCUCCUGUCCACCCGCCUCGGCCCCUCCCUCACCAGCCGUAUCUUCAAUCUCCGAUGCAACAACAGAUGCAGCACCCGAUGUCAUCCGAGUCGCCUGUUCACGGGAUACCAGGACAGCAACGCAGACCUCCGAUUCCCCAACGGAGCCAGGCCCCUCCCCCACCCGCACCCCAGCAUGAACAUCAGCAUACCUUCCAGGUCCAGAUGCAGCCGCAACCAACCUAG